AUGGGCUGCUGUGGUUGUGGAAGUUGUGGUGGCUGCGGUGGUGGCUGCAGUGGCGGCUGCAGUGGCGGCUGCGGUGGCGGCUGUGGUGGUGGCUGCGGUGGUGGCUGCGGUGGCAGCUGUGGCAGUUGCAACAGCUGCAGGUGCUACCGGGUGGGCUGCUGCAGCAGCUGCUGCCCCUGCUGCUGCGGCUGCUGUGGGGGCUGCUGCAGCGUCCCCGUGGUCUGCUGCCACCGCCGCACCUGCAGCUGCCACUCAUGUGGCUGCGGUGGUGGGAAGGGCUGUUGCCAGCAGAAGAGCUGCUGCUGCCAGCAGAAGUGCAGCUGCCAGAAGCAAUGCUGCCACUAG